AUGACGUGGAUUGCGCCCCCAGCCGUGGCAAUCGUGGUGGUGGAUAUGAUAUUCACCACGCUGGCCUUUAUCACCGUCUGCUUCCGAUUAUUCACAAGGGCGGUUCUGGUGAAGAAUGUGGGGUCGGAUGAUUACUAUAUUGUUGGGUCGAUGGCAGCGUCAAUCGCAUAUCUUACUGUUGUGAUGAUACAAAUCAAAGCUGGAUUAGGAAGACAUCUAACAAGUGAAGAUGAGGUUGUCGGCUUCCUAUACGCCCUCUGGGCAACAAUCUGGAUCUACUCCCUCGCCCUCAUGUUCGUCAAAAUGUCCAUCACAGUGCAAUGCUAUCGCGUCUUCCGCACGCCCAAGAUGCAGAAGUUUUUCCGCGUCUACUUCGUUUUGGUCGUCAUCUACGGUCUCUGGACCGUCCUCGGCACAUUCUUCACGUGCUGGCCCAUCAACCUGUGGUGGGAAGUCGUUCGACGGGAACGUGCCCCCAGGGGCGUCUGCAUGGAUAAGAACAUCAUUACUUUCGUCAACGCGGGGAUCAAUAUCCUUUCGGAUCUGGUGCUGGCGAUUGUGCCCAUUCCGUUGUUGUGGAAGUUGCAGAUCCCGAAAAGGCAGAAGCUUAUUCUGACUAGUUUGUUUGGCUUGGGGACUUUUGCGAGCCUUAUGAGUGUUGUUAGGCUGUUUUCACUAAAACAGAUUGCGGAAAGUCCGGAUGAGGAGCAGAGUGUAAUGGGCGUCUCAAUAGCCAUCUGGUCCUGCAUCGAAGUCAACAUCGCAAUCAUGUGCGCCUCCGCACCCGCUCUCAAGCCUCUCGUCAUGAAGGUUUUCCCCAAGAUGUUGCUUUCCGACAUCUACGCCAAGACCAAGGGGGCCUACUACGCUUCCAAAUCCAAGCUCGGGGGAGGCGUACUUGGAGGCAGCGGCAAGCAUGGUGCAGGAGAUCCCAAAUCUGCCGGAGGAGGUUCGCAGUCUGAGCGAUCUGGCAAUCGAUCCGGCAUAAGAACGCACACGCGAUCGAUGCAUAGUAUCGGCGGAAGCGCCAUGCGGUCUGGAAACCAUGACAAGGGUAACCGGCGCAACCCGGGUGAGAUCCAGGUUGAGCACGAGAUUGAAAUGAAGAGUGUGCCUAUUAGUGAGGUAAUGGGACACGAGUCUGGGCACGGACAUGGACAUGGGGGUAACUUGAACGGAGGAGGCUCGGAGGAAGAUAUUGGCAAUGCGGGGAGGAUUAGUCCAGCGGGUAGCGAGAGGAAUCUGGUGUGGCAGCAGGAUGAUGUGCCAUUCUAUGGGACGGGGCAGAGCCAGGGCGUACCUGGGAUGGGCAUGGGAAUGGGCAUGGGAAUGGGAAUGGGACAUGGGAAGAAGGUGACGACUAUUACGACUUGUCAGGGCCCGGUGACGAAUAGUGGUAGUAACAGUAGGCAGGAGCAGCAGCAGGCGAGGGAGAGGGAGAUGGUUUGA